GGUGCACACACACACACACACACAGCCGCUGGUCUCCGUGAUGAUGCGCUCCUGAAGGCGGGCACACACACACGGCUCCUGAGCUCCGGUUGGUCCAGCGCUUCACCUGAUCCUCAUCUUCAUCCUCAUCCUCAUCAUCUGUGACGGACAGAAGUGGCUCUCCAUCAUGUCCACCAAAGCAGAGCAGUUUGGCUCUAAGAUUCGAUACUUGCAAGAGUAUCACAACCGUGUGCUUCACAAUAUUUAUCCAGUGCCAUCGGGAACAGACAUUGCAAACACUCUGAAAUACUUUUCCCAGACCCUGCUCAGCAUCCUGUCCCGUACAGGCAGAAAGGAGAGCCAGGAAGCUUCCAAUUUGGCCGUGCCCAUGACCAUGUGUCUUUUUCCUGUGCCAUUCCCACUCACCCCAUCUCUAAGACCACAAGUCAGUUCCAUCAACCCUACAGUUACUCGAUCCCUCCUUUACAGCGUUCUGCGGGACGCCCCGGCCGACCGGGGUGGUGCCACCCAGCAGAGUCGGGAGGUUCAGCUCUCAGAGUACCCGUCUCUGGACUAUCAGGGGCUCUAUGCCACCCUCGUCACCUUGCUUGACCUGGUGCCCCUGCUGCAGCACGGUCAGCACGAUCUGGGGCAGGCCAUAUUUUACACCACCACAUGCCUUCUGCCUUUCCUUAGCGAUGAUAUUCUCAGCACUUUACCCUACACCAUGAUCUCCACGUUAGCCACCUUCCCUCCGUUCCUGCACAAAGACAUCAUAGAGUACCUGAGCACGUCCUUCUUGCCCAUGGCCAUCUUGGGUUCCACCAGAAGAGAAGGUGGCGUUCCAGCGUAUGUCAAUCUGUCGGCCUGCUCCAUGCUGAUGAUCGCCAUGCAGUACACCUCCAAUCCAGUAUAUCACUGUCAGCUGCUGGAGUGUCUGAUGAAGUUCAAGCAGGAAGUGUGGAAGGAUCUUCUCUACGUCAUAUCCUACGGCCCGUCCCAAGUUAAGCCUCCCGCCGUCCAGAUGCUCUUCCACUACUGGCCCAACCUCAAGCCUCCAGGAGCCAUCAGCGAGUACAGAGGCCUGCAGUACACCGCCUGGAACCCCAUUCACUGCCAACACAUCGAGUGCCAGAACUCCAUCAAUAAACCUGCGGUGAAGAUGUGUAUCGACCCGACGCUCUCGGUGGCUCUGGGAGACAAGCCGCCGCCGCUCUACAUCUGUGAGGAGUGCAGCCAGAGGAUCGCGGG